AUUCGCUCUGCAUUGUUAGUACUCUUUUUUAAAAACUGAACAAGUAUUUCAGAGCCGUUUCGGAUAUGGAUACUAUCAAUUCGAGUAGGACUUCUGGGCCUGGAAACGGACCAAAUGGAAACGUUUUCAGUUCGGAGAUCAACAUACUGCUUCUAGGAGAAUCCGGUGUGGGAAAGUCAACUUUCAUUAAUUCUUUCGCUAAUUAUCUCAAAUACAAAUAUUUUGACGAAGUGGAGAAAAACGAACUGAUUGUGUUGAUUCCGUCAAAAUUUCAUGUAUUUGACAGAUUUUUUCGUAAAAAAUCAAUUGAAAUCGGCCCGAGUGACGACAACGAAAAUUUGACACCAGGGGCUGCAGCCACACAAACUGUCAGGACUUACGUGUUUAACGUAAGCAUCGACGACAAGCCAUACAAAAUACAGUUGAUAGACACGCCGGGAAUGGGCGAUCCCAGGGGAAUCUCGCAGGAUAGCAAAAACUGCGACUACAUUUUGAACUACGUCGGACAAUUGUCGAAGAUCCACGCCGUGUGCAUCCUGCUCAAACCCACCAAUACGCGUCUGGACGUGUUCAUGAACUACUGCGUGGUCCAGAUACUGUCUCGUUUGGAGAAAUCGGCCACGGAGAACAUCUGCUUUGUCUUCACCAACACUAGGGGGCAGAAUUAUACACCUGGAGAAACUUACAUUUCGUUGGAAGUUUUGAUAGGUAAUAUUAAGAAAACGAACAACGUGACGCUGCCACUGAGUUACUUGAACGUCUUUUGUUUCGACAACGAGGCAUUUCGUUAUUUCGCAGCCGCCAAACAGAACGUCACCUUCAGAGAUGGUAUUUUGGAAGCAAAUAAGGAAAGUUGGGACUUCUCUAGUAAAGAAGUUUAUCGGUUACUCUCUUACAUCGUCCAUUUGCAACCGCACGAUCCUAAAAAAACUACAAGUAUCAAUCGUGCCAGGAAUAUGAUACUGAAACUAGCGCAGCCUAUGGCUGAUAUUGUUCAGCUUAUCGGCGACAAUAUAUACAAAUUAGAGCAACAUACGAAAGAAUUGUCUAUGGAUAAUCAGACUUUGGACGAGUUGAAAAACAAACUGUACAUGCCCGUGGUGGAUAUUAAAACUAAAAAGUUGGAUCAGCCUGUCACAGUAUGCACUUCCGCAAAAUGUAGCGAACUAUACAAGGUUGCUGAUAAAAACAAGUACCACUACAAGCAAAGAUGUCAUAAUCCCUGUUAUCUUCACAACGUACCCGUGGAGAUCGUAGGAGAUCCUAAACUAGCGAAUUGCGCUGCUAUGAAUGGCAUAGGAAUGUGUAAGGAAUGUGGUUGUCGAUACAAUAUGCAUAUGCACAUUAAAUACGAGACGGAAACGUUCGACAGUCGUAUAGUGGACAAAAAUGUUGCGACUAACAUAACUUCGAAGGAGGACGCCCAAAAACAGAGACAGAAGAUAAUCAAAGAGCUCAAGCAGAAGAAGGAAGAAAUGGAACAGGAGCACAAGUAUAUCUUGCAGUGUUCCGCAUAUUUCGCACAUUUUCUGCGACAAAACGCAAUAACACCGAUCAACGAUUCUCUCAAGGAAUAUGUUCAAUAUUUAAUAACCAGGGAGGAAAGUCUCGGACCAGAUGCGCAUCAGGGAACUUUGAGUUAUCUAAAAAACCUUUUAGCUGAAUACGAAGAAGAGAAGAAGAUUCUAGAUGAGGCUAUGCACACACAGCUCGAUUCUACUAUCGCAAAUAAGGUUACUGCCGGAGAAAUUGAAAAUAAAAUAGAGAAACUGUUCAAGUUAAAACAUGCAGGACCAAAAAUCGAGGAGCUCUACAAAUAUUUUAAAGAUGGAACCAAAGUGGAACACAAACAAACCGUUCGCGAUGUUUCGGGCUGGUUCAGUAUGGCGAAAAAUUUUUGGAACAGACUGCCACCACCGCCAUCCAUGAUUCCUGCAUAAUGUGCUCGAUUUGAAGUGGCAG